AUGACUCUUCCAUUUAAUCUCCAAAGGUUUUAUAUUUCUGGAGCAACCAAUAAUAAUACUUUAAUAUCUAAUCCUCAAGAUAAUCUAUCACAUGUAAAACUUUGUUUAUGCGGCAAUGGUGAAAAAUUUGGGCCAAUCUCCAAUAAAUAUGGUGAUUUCACAUUGUGCUUUAAUAAUUUGUUGUUAAUUUUGUCUGCACUAUUAAUGAUUAUCGUAGGGUCAUAUCAAACUUCUCAAUUGAAUAAAAGCAAAAAUAUAUAUAAAUACAGGAGAAACUGGUUGAUCUUUAGUAGAAUUACUUUAAUAUUGAUACAGUUUGUUUUCAUUGGUAUUAACGUAAUUAUUAUUAGAAAUAACAAUUCCCUUGAUUUUAUGCUCCAGGAAAUUUUAACUUUGUUAUCAUUACUCGUGGCUUUGAAUCUACAUUGGAUUGAAUACAACAAGAGUAAGCUAUCAAAUGGAGUGUUGUUAUUCUAUUGGCUCUUCGAAACGUUUUUCCAAGCCUCUUUGCUGCUCCAUAUUUAUAUCAGAUAUGAUUAUGAGGGGUACUGGUUUAAUGACAGCAAAAAUUUCAUGGUUUUAAGGAUUUUUGAAACUACCAAUGCCUUUUUUAUAUUGCUUCUAGAAUGGUUGCCAAGAAAACCAACCUUGCCCUAUCAAAAUCUAAUGCAACAGGAAUAUUUGAAAAAAAAGAAAAGUCCAUAUGAUGAGGCCAAUAUUUUUUCUAAAAUUUCCUUUUCUUGGAUGACUGGACUGAUGAAGACCGGCUAUGAAAAGUUUUUAAGUGAGGAUGACUUGUAUAAGUUGCCUAAUUCUUUUGGUAGUGCUGAAAUUUCAAAUAAAAUGUCCAGUAUCAUGAAUAAAAACCCUACUGUGUCGUUGGCUUUAUCCCUAUUUCGAGAAUUUUGGCCUAAAAUUGUUUUGGGCGCAUCUUUUAAAAUUGUUUAUGACAUUCUAUCAUUUACUCAACCUCAAUUAUUAAGGUUGUUGAUUAAGUUUGUAACGGACUAUAAUCAAAACAAAAAUGAAGGAAAUGAUCCUGAAAAUUACCCAAUUGUGAAAGGUUUCAUUUUAGCCAUUAGUAUGUUCUUGGUUGGUUUUAUUCAAACAUGUAUUUUGCACCAAUACUUCUUAACUUCAUAUGAUACUGGUAUGAAUAUUAAGAGUGGCUUGACAUCGAUUGUAUAUCAAAAAGCGUUGAACUUGUCGAAUGAAGCCAGUGAUAUGUCAUCUACAGGAGAUAUUGUAAAUCUAAUGAGUGUUGAUGUUCAAAGAUUACAAGAUCUAAAUCAAUGGGGCCAUAUUAUUUGGUCUGGUCCUUUUCAAAUUAUUUUGUGUUUGAUUUCUCUUUAUAAAUUACUAGGCAAUUGUAUGUGGGUGGGUGUUCUGAUUAUGCUUAUUAUGAUUCCAUUAAACUCUAUUAUUGUUCGUAAGCAAAAGACAUUGCAAAAAACUCAAAUGAAAAACAAGGAUGAAAGAACCAGGAUCACUAGUGAAAUUCUAAACAACAUUAAAUCUCUAAAACUCUACGCUUGGGAAAUUCCAUACAAGGCAAAACUAGAUCAUGUUCGAAAUGAUAAAGAAUUAAGAAACUUGAAAAAGAUUGGUGUUGUUCAAGCGAUUUCCAACUUCCAAUUCAAUAUAGUUCCAUUUUUAGUUUCGUGCUCCACUUUUGCAACUUUCGUUUUGACUAACAAUGGUAAGCCAUUGACUACUGAUUUGGUUUUCCCCGCUUUGGCUUUAUUCAAUUUGUUAGCUUUCCCCUUGGCUGUUGUUCCAAUGGCAAUCACUUCUUUCGUUGAAGCCUCGAUCUCUGUAAACAGAUUGUCUAAAUUUUUAAACAAUGAAGAAUUACAAAAGGAUGCUGUAAAACAUGAACCAUCGGUCACAAAAGUGGGAGAUGUUUCUGUGAAAUUAUCUGACGCUACCUUCUUAUGGAAACGUAAACCGGAAUACAAGAUUGCCCUAUCUAAUAUUAAUUUCGAGGCUCGCAAGGGUCAACUAAAUUGUGUGGUAGGUAAAGUUGGUGCUGGUAAAACGGCUUUGAUUAAAUCUAUCUUGGGCGAUUUAUACCGAGUACAAGGUGAAGCGAUUGUUCAUGGUAAUGUGGCUUAUGUAUCUCAAUUAGCCUGGAUUAUGAACGGCACAGUAAAGGAAAACAUUUUAUUUGGUCACAAAUAUGAUCCAGAUUUUUAUGAAAAGACCAUUAAAGCGUGUGCUUUGACCAUUGAUUUUGCAGGAUUAUCAAAGGGAGAUCAGACCAUUGUUGGCGAAAAGGGUAUUUCAUUAAGUGGUGGUCAAAAAGCGCGUUUAUCUUUAGCUAGAGCUGUGUAUGCGAGAGCAGAUGUUUACUUAUUAGACGAUCCGUUAGCUGCUGUGGAUGAACAUGUUUCUAAACAUUUGGUGGAACAUGUAUUGGGACCAAACGGUCUUUUACACUCCAAAACUAGAGUUUUAGUCACGAACAAAAUAUCGGUAUUACUGAUCGCGGAUUGUAUUAGUUUGUUGGAAGGAGGACAAAUUGUUGAGCAUGGUUCAUACGAGAGUAUUUUGAAAACUGGGAACGAAAAUAGUGCUUUGGCUAAAUUGAUUGAAGAGUUCGGCAAUAGGAAAAAAGAAAAUGAGGGUGACUCUAAAGUUGAUUUGAAAGAAUUGGUUACUGGCGAUUUAUCUGACACUGAUGAAGAUUUUUAUGCUAGCAGUUUACGGAAAGCUUCUGAUGAAACACUGCGCAGUAUUGGAUUUUUCCCAUCCGGUGAAGACGGUGGUGAUGUUGAUGUUUCCAGAAGGGAACACCGUGAACAAGGUAAAGUUAAAUGGGAUAUUUACUUUGAGUAUGCUCGUUCGUGUAAUCCUAAAUUUGUUGUUGUUUUUAUUAUUUUUCUUAUCUUAAAUAUGGUAUUAUCCGUUGCUGGUAAUUUUUGGUUGAAGCAUUGGUCUGAAGUUAACACGAGAUUAGGUUACAACCCUAACAUUAGCAAGUAUUUAGGUAUUUAUUUUUCCUUCGGUAUUGGGUCUGCUUUAGCAACUUUGGCUAGUGUUAUUAUUUUAUGGAUUUUCUGCACUAUUAGUGGUUCUAGGAUUUUACAUGAUAGAAUGGCUGCCAGUGUUCUAAGAGCACCGAUGAGUUUUUUUGAAACCACACCUAUUGGUAGAAUUUUAAACAGAUUUUCUAAUGACAUUUAUAAGAUUGAUGAGGUAUUGGGCCGGUCUUUUUCUCAAUUUUUCAACAAUUCAAUUAAAGUUUCCUUUACAAUUUUGGUUAUAUGUUUUACUACAUGGCAAUUUAUCUUUUUUGUUAUUCCAAUCGGCAUGUUGUACAUCUAUUAUCAACAGUAUUAUCUAAGGACUUCUAGAGAAUUGCGUCGUUUGGACUCAGUUACCAGAUCGCCAGUAUAUGCUCAUUUCCAAGAAACAUUGGGGGGUAUUACCACAAUCAGGGGCUAUGGUCAGCAAACAAGAUUUAUUCAUUUAAACAGAUGCUUUAUUGAUAACAACAUGAGUGCGUACUAUCCAAGUAUUAAUGCCAAUCGUUGGCUAGCCUUUAGGUUAGAAACCAUUGGUUCGUUCAUUAUUUUUUGUGCUGCCAUGUUAUCGGUUUUCAGGUUAAGACAGGGUACUUUAAGUGCAGGUGCUAUUGGUUUAAGUUUAAGCUAUGCAUUGCAGAUUACCCAAAGUUUAAACUGGAUUGUUAGGAUGUCUGUGGAGGUUGAAUCCAAUAUUGUUUCCGUGGAAAGAGUUAAAGAGUAUGCCAAUUUGAAAUCUGAAGCACCAGCCAUAAUCCCAGGCCACAGGCCUCCAGAAAGCUGGCCAGAUAAAGGUGAGAUUAAAUUUGUUGAUUAUUCUACACGUUAUAGGCCAGAGUUGCCACUAGUUUUGCACGACAUCAAUUUGAGUAUCGAGUCAAGGGAAAAGAUAGGUAUUGUUGGUAGAACAGGCGCGGGGAAGUCAUCGCUAACUUUGGCAUUAUUUAGAAUCAUUGAAGCGAGCAGCGGACAUAUUGAAAUUGACGGUAUAAACACGAGUACCAUUGGAUUGGCAGAUUUAAGACAUAAGCUAUCAAUUAUUCCACAAGACUCUCAAGUUUUUGAAGGCUCGAUUAGGGAAAAUAUCGAUCCAACUGGCCUGUACAGUGAUGAACAAAUCUGGGAAGCUUUGGAACUAAGCCACUUAAAGCAACAUGUUGAAACACUUGGAGGAUUGGAUAGUGAAUUAAGCGAGGGCGGUGGUAACUUGUCGGUUGGUCAAAGACAAUUAAUGUGUUUGGCACGUGCUUUGUUAAUUCCAUCUAAAGUAUUGGUUCUAGAUGAAGCUACUGCAGCGGUUGAUGUGGAAACUGAUCAAGUUUUACAGGAGACGAUUAGAACUGCAUUUAAAGACAGAACCAUUUUAACUAUUGCUCAUAGAUUGAAUACGAUUAUGGAUAGCGAUCGUAUAAUUGUUUUGGAGCAGGGCAAAGUUGCAGAAUUUGAUUCACCAGACAACUUAUUGAAGGACAAAUCCACAAUAUUUUAUGGGUUGUGUAAGGAAGCAGGUUUGGCAACAGCAUGA